UGCACCGAACCCGCCGGAAAUUAUAGAGAAGAAGAAACGCGUUUCGGUUUCGCGCAGCGAAGGGUGGGUUUGCUUCUCCGAAAAGCGACGUAAAGCGAUAAAGCGCUCCGUUUCAACGACGUGGUAGAACUGGAUUACCACAAACUCUGAGGUGUAAAAACUGUAGAGACGAUGUAAGUUACUAGAUGUGUGCGAACUGGGAUUCAGGACAAUAAAUGGCAAUAUUUCCAUCUCCGUAAACGUGUCGUUUCCAAGCAAGCAGGAAAAAACAGAUUUAGGAUCAGAGAUCUGCGUGACAUUACUGUGAAGAUGGAGUUUGUUAAAGAGGAGAGUGAUGCAGAGACACACGGAGAGAGAGAGGAAGAGACUGAGGAGCACAGAGAGCUGAUGCAAGAGAAAGAAGAAAGCAGAGUGAAACUUCCGUAUCAGGAAGCUGACGGGUUCAAAAGUGGAGGAAAAUCGUUCAGUCGCUCAGAAAUUAAAAAGAAAGUCUCGCAAGAAGCCAGUAAUGCGUUCGUCUGCCCCGAGUGCGGGAAGAGUUUCACACAUAAAGGACACUUCAACGAACACGUGAAGAUCCACUCCGGAGUCAAGCCCUUCAGCUGCCCUCACUGUCAGAAGAGCUUCACCUGUAAAGGACACCUGAAACGCCACAUUCGCAUCCACACCGGCGAGCGUCCGUAUGCUUGCGAUCAGUGCGGGAAGAGCUUCAAGUGCGCCACCAACCUCAAAGACCACCAGCGCUCGCACUCAGGCGAACGGGCUUUCAGAUGUGAGCAGUGUGGGAAAAACUUCAUUUUGGCGUCAAACCUGAAGGCGCACCUGAAAAUCCACACGAACGAGAAGCCGUAUGUGUGCGGCGUGUGCGGGAAGGGCUUUCUGCGCCUAGGCUGUCUUAACGAUCACCAGAAGAUCCACACGGGCGAGAGAGCUCACAUAUGCUUCGAGUGCGGAGACACGUUCACCAGAUCCAGCGCUCUGAAACAGCACCAGAAGAUCCACAGCGGAGAGAAACCCUACAGCUGCUCGCACUGCGGGAAGGGCUUCACUCACUCUGGAGCGCUGAAGAGGCACGAGCGUGUGCACACCGGAGAGAGACCCUACCUCUGCACCGCCUGCGGGAGGAGAUUCACUCAGUCCAGCGAUCUGCAGAAUCACAUAAAAAAGCCCUGUCCCAUGCUGUCACACACCGAGCACAGUUCAGCGGUAAACACGGAGAAGCUGUGCUGAACGAGCUGUUCAGUUUGUGCUUGCUUGACGACGCAAACUGAAGGGGAAUCUGAGUAGCUACACAACCAAACAGUGUCAUUAUUUCUGUUACUAACAUUUAAAUUGUCACAGAAGUACUGAGAUGAGAGGUUAUAGUUUGGAUAUAAAUACUCAUAUCUACAGUAGCAAUCAAAAUACAGUACAUCAUCUUUUGAAAGUAAAGUGAUGCUUCAAAUAAAGAUUGUGUGGAUUACAUUGUUCCUCCAGUAGGUGGCGACAAGUGACUGUUCAAAAAUGUGUUUGUCAUUGAAUCAUUCUGUAUAGAGAUU